AUGUCUCGUACUCCUCCUCACUCAACACCUCCUGCCAACGGCUUCAUCGCUCUUGCGCGCAAGCUCUACAACCCCAUCGGAUUCAAAAAGGGGUACAACUUUGUCCUGUUCGUCAUUACGGCGGGGGGCAUGAUGGGCUUCGCCCUCGCCCGGAUGAUGUAUUUCAACAUUGACGGCGUCUUCUGCAAUCCGGACCAUAAGCAGCGGACCCUUCCGGGAGAAUGCUACUUCUACCAGUCUGGGACGGGGCGGGCCGGCAUCAUAAUGCAUCUCACCGGGAUGCUUCCGGGUGGUUUCCUCGCCUGCCUGCAGUUCGUGCCCGUCAUCCGCCACAAGGCCAUACUGUUCCAUCGCCUUAACGGAUACCUCGUCCUCCUCCUCAGCAUUGUGGGAAUCAUCGGCGUCUUCAUGAUCGCCCGCCGAACGUUUGGAGGCGGCGUGAGCAUGCAGACGGUGAUGGGCACCGGGAGCAUCAUGUUCCUCAGCGCGCUGGGUCUUUCCAUCUACAACAUCAAGAAGCUUCAGAUCGAGCAGCACCGUGCCUGGAUGCUGAGAGCUUGGGUAUACGCCGGUUUCAUCAUCACCAUGCGCAUCAUCAGCUUCCUGGCCGUCAUGAUCACAGCCGACUCUGGCUACUACCAGGUAAAGCAGUGCGCCGUGCUGGACUUCAUCUUCAAACACAACCAGACUCGGGUCCUCGAUCUCUACUCAGACUGCGGGGGCUACUACUCGGGCGAGAAUCCCGGUCUUAACGUCAUCGUACACGGCAACUACCACGCCCACCAGCCCGCCGAGAUCGCCGCCGGUUUCACUUCGGUCUUCGACGCGGGGUCUUGGCUGGCUCUGGCAAUCCAUGCCAUUCUUGUUGAACUCUAUCUCCAUUUGACCCCUGCGGAGGCUGAGCGUCUCCGCCGCAUAUCGUAUCAACGCCAGCUAGAGGCCGGAAUGAAGAACGCCGGCAACGCGGGCCUGACCGUCCAGAGACUGGGAGACGCGGAGCCUUGGCUGCCGCCGGUGGAGCUGCAGCGGGCGGAACAUAGCAGAACACCGAGCCUCGACGAAGAUAUGAGAGAGAAGAGGGUGAGCGCGGCAUGA